UCAUUGCUGUCAUUUAGGAAAACAAGUAUCAAUAGAUUCAGUACUGACGUCUCUCAUCCGCAUCCCUACAUGAAGAGAGCAAUGGCGGUGAUGAUCCCGAAUGUUGACCUCCUACUCGGCGGCAGUCUGAUGCCGGUGAUCGGCCUUGGCACGGCUAGCUUCCCACCUCCACCGCCAGACACCAUCCGAGCGGUGGUGCUGGACGCCAUCGCCCUCGGCUACCGCCACUUCGACACCGCUUCCAUCUACGACACCGAGCGCCCUCUCGGCGACGCCAUUGCCGAGGCCCUCCGGCGUGGCCUCAUCCAAAGCCGCUCCGAGCUCUUCAUCACCUCCAAGGUCUGGUGCACCGAGACCUAUACUGACCGUGUCUUGCCUUCCCUUCAAAAAUCCCUUAGGAAUUUAGGAUUGGAAUACCUUGAUCUUUAUCUUGUUCAUUGGCCUGUGAGUUUGAAGCCCACCGAGAUGUUUUUCCCCAUUGAAACAGAGGGUAUGAUGCCCUUUGAUUACAGAGCUGUUUGGGAGGCAAUGGAAGAGUGUCACAAGCUUGGCCUUGCAAAGUCCAUUGGUGUCAGCAACUUCUCUUGCAAAAAACUUGAGCAAAUUCUCAGCUUUGCUAACAUCCCUCCUUCUGUUAAUCAAGUAGAAAUGCAUCCUUUAUGGCAACAAAAGAAGUUGAUGGAGUUUUGCAAGGAGAAGGGGAUUGUGAUUACUGCUUACUCUGCUCUUGGAGGAUAUGGGCAUGUUUGGGGAAACAAUGAUGUUAUUGGAUGCAAAGUUUUGAAGGAAAUAGCAAGUGCUAGAGGGAAAACAGUAGCUCAGGUAUGUUUGAGGUGGUUGUAUCAGCAAGGUGGUACUUUCAUUGUGAAGACAUUCAAAACAGAAAGAAUGAAGGAAAACCUGGGUAUAUUUGAUUGGGGAUUAACUGAAGAAGAGUUGAAGAAGAUUAGAGAGCUUCCACAAAAGAGAGGGAACAGAGCAGAGGAUUUCAUCUCACCCAAUGGACCUUUUAAAUCUGUGGAAGAGCUUUGGGAUGGUGAGAUAUAAUAAGCAAAUUAUUGGCAAUUAUAUAUGUGGGUUUCAUUUAUCUAGUGACUGUAAGAUUUAUGUUUAGAUAUAGGACAACUAUCUUGUUCCAGGUGUGAUAUAUUGUAAUAAGCAAAUAUUGGCAAUUAUGUGUGUUUCAUGUAUUGACUCAAAUAUCCUUUGUUUUUUUUUUUUUUUUAAGGGACAGAUCUUAGUUAAUGAGCUAAACUAGAGAUGAAUAAAGGUGUCUACAGAUUAUUAGUCCA